AUGCAUCCGAGCGGCCCCGCGGAGGGAGCGGGGCUCGGGGAGAAGCUGAGCCCGGCCGCUGUUAAUCGCAUCAUGAUGGAGUUUCUGAUUUAUUUCGGGCGAGCCAUCGCAGUCUUCUAUCCCGUCUACUUGACAGGAUACCUGGGCCUCAGUAUCAGCUGGGUGCUGCUGUGCAUAGUGAUGAUCACCUGGUGGAAGAAAAACCGCAAGUGGAAAGACGUCCGGAUCGGAACCGCCAUCCAGUUUGUGGACAAUGAAAAAAUUGUGAUCAACAAGGAGCUACAGAGUGCCUUACAGAUGGCUUCAUGGGUCAACUUCCCUGAUGUUGAGAAAGUCGACUGGGUAAACAAGGUGUUGGAACAGGCCUGGCCUUUCUUUGGGAUGUACAUGGAGAAACUCCUCAAAGAAACCAUCCAGUCGUCCAUCAGACUCUCCAGCCCCGCCCUCAAAAUGUUCACUUUUACCAAGGUCCACUUCGGGCACAUUCCUCUCAGGAUCACUGGAAUGAAAGCAUACACUGAUGAAGUGGAUGAGAGGGAGGUGGUUCUGGACUUGCAUAUAUGCUAUGAUGGUGAUGUGGACAUCGACGCAGAUGUGAAGCCACCAAUCACAGCUGGUGUGAAAGGACUCAAACUCCACGGGAUGAUCAGGGUCAUUCUGGAGCCACUCAUUGGUCAAGCGCCACUGGUGGGAGGUGUCACCUUUUUUUUCAUUCGCCGCCCUACCCUGGAAAUCAACUGGACUGGCAUGACCAACCUUUUGGAUUCCCCUGCUUUCAGUUCCCUGUCUGAGGAGACCAUCAUUGACAUCAUUUCCUCUCUCAUGGUCUUGCCCAAUCGCAUGUCUUUUCCCCUCGUUGACCAGGUCAAAGUAGACCAGAUGCGGUUCCCAUUACCUCGUGGGGUGGUGAGGGUCCACUUGGUGGGGGCCAGAGACCUGGUGGCUAAGGAUACAUACAUGAUGGGCAUGGUAAAGGGCAAAUCAGACCCCUAUGCAACACUCAGAGUUGGCAACCAUAAUUUCAAAAGCAAGACCAUCAAAGAGAAUUUGCACCCGACAUGGAAUGAAGUGUUUGAGUUUGUGGUCCAUGAGGCCCCGGGGCAGGAGUUAGAGGUGGAGCUGUAUGAUGAGGACAGAGAUAAAGAUGACUUCAUUGGAAGGUAUCAACUUGAUUUUGGAGAAGUGAAAAAAGAGAAACUAAUGGAUCAGUGGUUUCCUCUGGAAGGAGUCCAGAAUGGCGAAGUUAAUCUCAAGCUCCAGUGGCUUUCCCUCCAGACUGACUCCAGCCUGCUGAAGGAGUCUACCAAAGGCUAUGCUUGUGCAAUGCUUGCAGUGUAUCUGGACAGUGCCUCAAACAUACCAAAAGACCACCAUGAGAUCACCCAGCAUCACAAAGGGAAGCACUCAAAUGAAGCUCGGCUCAAGAGGAAAACUGCCAAUCCUAACUGCUUUGUGGAAUUUUCCAUCGAUGAGGACGUUCAGAAAAGCAAGGUUGUGUACGCAUCUAAAGACCCUGUGUGGGAAGAGGGCUUCACCUUCUUUGUGCAUAGUAUCAAAACACAGCAGCUCAUUGUGCAGGUCAAAGAGCACGAGAAGAAGACCCCACUUGGUGUUUUCAACUUGCCCCUCAGUCGCCUCCUCAACAUCUCUGAGAUGACUCUAGACCAGCGUUUCCAGCUGGAGCGCUCUGGAGCAAGCAGUCAGAUCAAGCUUAAGGCCACUCUCAGGAUUCUUACUGAGGAAAAGCCACCACCCAAGGUUAUCCCCAAUCCACAAGUAAAUCCACAAACGCUGCAGACCGACCAAAGAGGUAACGGCAAUCCCUCCUCUUCAGCACUUUCCCCCAACACUAUUCCCGGUACCCAAACUCCAUCUACAGUCCUGGCAGCUACUUCCCAGAAUGGCUCCAGUGACGACUCUGCACUCCGCUACCGUGGUCCCGCUGAGGAUCGAUUACCCUCUUCCAUAUCAAAAAUGCGUCGAUACGACUCCCACAGCCUGCUGUCAGAGAACUCCAUCGCUUCGUCACGUUUCGACCUUUCAGACGGAGCCUCGUAUCCAGAAGUCAUCAGGAGCCACCAGGGUUCAUUUGGGGAGAUUCACCUGACUGUACGCUAUGCCACCCUGAGGAAUAAACUCAUCGUCCUGGUUAACGCCUGCAGGAACUUAUUCCGCUGCAGUGAUACCGGCACAGACUCUUAUGUCCGCCUGUAUUUUCUCCCUGACCAAUCCUGGAGACACCGCAAGAAGACGCAUGUCAAGAAGAAGACCGUCAAUCCUGUCUUCAAUGACAAGUUUGAGUUUGAUGUGUCACUUGAUGAAGCCACAUCUAGAAAGUUGGAUAUUUCAGUGAAAAACAACAAGAUGUUCCACACACGGGAGAAAAAGGACAUUGGCAUGGUGCUGAUAGAUCUUUCCCAGAUGGAUCUAACCAAAGGCAGCGCAGAAUGGUACGAGCUUACGAUACCUGGGCUGCAGAAAUCCAGCUAG